AUGGCGUCAAAACGAUAUGCCUUCGUCCCUAUGGACGACGAGUCUGCUGGGCCCUCAAAGAGCGACAGGAAAGACAGAGACAGAGACAGCAAAAGGGACAGGAAACGCGACAGAUCGCGCGACCGAUCAAGGUCUCCGCGCCGACACAAGAGCAGGCGACACGAUGACGACGAUUCGACCCGACGCCGGUCCCGCUCGCGAUCACCACGCAAAGAUGACAGCCGGUCAGACUCGAGACGUGAACGCGAAGACCCCAAGAUCUCCGACCUGAGAAUGAAGUCUCGAUACGAUUACCUCAAGAAGAGAGAGACAGAGAAGCUCGCCCUCCUACGAAAACAAGUCGCCGAGGAAACAGCCGAGUUGCGAUCCGGGGUCCGUCUGUCCGAAAAGGAGAAGGCUGAAUUCGCAAGGAACAGAGAGAUUCUGCGCCUGGCCGAGGAGCGAGCACGCAUUGACGACUACCAAGACGGUUACCGCCUACCAGACCAGUAUGGCACCGACACCAAGAAGAAAGAGGAGGCUCUAUACAGCCGUCACGUUGAGAGGGACGAGUACGGCAACGAAAAGAUGGUUACCGAAUACGACGAAUGGGAGCGCGAGCAGACUGUCAAGGCCAAGGCGCAAAUCUCAUCGCGAGGCGAGCGCGAAGACGGGGGAGAAUAUGACUUCUUGCUGGACGAGGAUGCCAUCAACUUUGUCUGUGAUGCUGCGGCCAAGUUCAUCCAACCAACCGACGGGUUGACUCCCGAGCAGAGGAUACUGAAGGAGAAGAUCGAAGCGGCCGAGAGGGCAGCCAAGUCGAUACAAGAAGUACGCAAGAGUCUUCCCGUGUACGCUUACCGGGACGCCUUCUUGGAUGCGAUCAAAGAGUACCAAGUUCUUAUCCUUGUCGGUGAGACUGGUUCGGGAAAGACAACUCAAAUACCCCAGUACCUUCAUGAGGCUGGAUAUACCGAGGGCGGCAUGAAGGUUGCCUGUACGCAGCCGCGUCGUGUUGCUGCCAUGAGUGUUGCUGCUCGUGUGGCUGAUGAAAUGGGAGUCAAGGUUGGAAGGGAAGUCGGUUACUCGAUCCGUUUCGAGGACUGCACAAGCGACAAGACAAUCCUCAAGUACAUGACGGAUGGUAUGCUACUGAGAGAAAUGGUUACAUCGCCAACAUUAGAGGGUUAUUCCGCCAUCAUGAUUGACGAAGCCCACGAGAGAACAGUCCAUACCGAUAUUCUACUAGCUCUCAUCAAGGAUCUCACUAGGGCGAGGCCGGAUCUGAAGCUUAUCAUCUCGUCCGCUACGCUUAACGCCGAAAAAUUCAGCACGUACUUCGAUGAUGCGCCCAUCUUCAACGUUCCCGGUCGUGUCCACCCGGUUGACGUAUACUACACUUCAGCGCCAGAAAGUAACUACCUGGAAGCCAGUUUGGUGACUGUGUUCCAGAUCCAUGCUACACAGCCAGAGGGCGGUAUCCUGGUGUUCCUCACAGGUCAAGAAGAAAUUGACAAGGCAUGCGAGCGAGUAGAAGAGAUCAAACGGAAACUGGGUAGUCGAGUACCCGAAAUCAUACCUCUACCCAUUUACGCCAACAUGCCCUCGGAACUGCAGGCCAAGAUCUUCGAGCCGACACCACCAGGAGCUAGAAAGGUGGUCUUCUCGACAAAUAUCGCCGAGACAUCCCUUACCAUUGAUGGUAUCGUGUAUGUUAUCGACUGCGGCUACGUCAAGGAGAACACCUUCAGCCCCGUCGGCACGACAGGACAGUCCACGCUCGCUGUAGUGCCAUGCUCACGAGCCGCCGCGAACCAGCGUAUGGGUCGUGCCGGUCGUGUCCGCCCAGGCAAAUGCUUCCGUCUCUACACCAAGUUCGCCUACCUCUCCGAGAUGGACGAGUCACCCACACCUGAAAUCCAACGAACCUCGCUAUCCAGCGUCGUCCUCCAACUUAAAGCCCUCGGUAUCGAAGACCUCUUGGGUUUCGAUUUCCUCGACCCCCCACCAACCGAACUCCUCAUCAAGUCCCUCAACAUGCUCUACGCCUUAGGCGCCCUCAACUCCGCCGGUCAACUCACCCGCGUCGGCCGGCAAAUGGGCGAGUUCCCCGCAGAGCCAAUGCUAGCCAAGGCUCUCAUCGCCGCUACGACCGAGGGCUGCGUUGACGAGAUGCUCACCAUCGUGUCCAUGCUUGGCGAGGUAGCCACCCUGUUCUUCUGUCCCAAGGACAAGAAGGUACACGCCGACAGUGCGCGCGCCCGCUUCACUGUCAAAGAUGGCGGCGACCACUUGACCCUACUAAACGUCUACAAUCAAUGGGUGGACGCCGAUUACUCCCCCAUCUGGGCCAAGGAGAACUUCCUCACCCAGCGCUCGCUUACCCGUGCUCGUGACGUCCGCGAUCAGCUCGCCAAGCUGUGCGAUCGCGUUCUCGAGGGGUCAACAUCCACGUGUGGCGGCGUAUCCAACAUGCAGCCCAUCCUUCGCGCCUUGACAGCGGCCUUCUUCCUCAAUGCUGCUAGACUCAACAGGGGCGGAGACGGAUAUAGGACGCUGAAGAAUAACAUGACGGUGUACGUGCACCCGAGCUCGGUGGUCAAGGGGAUGGAUCCACCGCCCAAGGUCAUUAUCUAUCAUGAGCUGGUGGUCACGACUAAGGAGUUUGUCAGGAGUGUUAUUCCGAUUGAUCCCAAGUGGUUGACGGAGUUUGGAGGGCAUUAUUAUGAUGCUAAAGAUGUGGAGAGUAUGACGGCUAAGAAGUUACCGAAGGAGAGGAAAACACAAAUCUACCAUCAAAAUGGCACACCAACCCCAACCCAAACCGACAACACGGACCCCUUCGACUUCUCCUCCUCCCUCCUCAACCUAGAAGAAGAUUUCUACCAACAAGGUUACGCCCAAGGCGUAUCCGACGGCGUCAAAGCCGGGCGCACCGAAGGCCGGCAGCUCGGUUUGGAAAAGGGAUUCCAGAAGUUCGUGCAGAGUGGUCGCUUACAUGGACGGGCUAUUGUUUGGGCGAACCGGUUACCCUCCAAACAGGGUGUCAGGGGGGAAUAUCUUAAGUCGCAAAGCCAGUCCCAAGGCCAGCCUCAAGGCCAGCCGCAACCUCAGUCCAGCACCACAGAAGAAGGAAAGGAAGGAAAGGAACCAAGUCAAACUCUCAGCUCGGCAGUAGACAACUUGAGCCUAUCAAACUCGCCAAGCAAGAAGGAGCAAAACAAGGACGAGUUAAAGUUACUCCCAAACAACACCCGUCUGGAGAAACACAUCACAACCCUCUUUGCGCUCGUCGAGACCGACACGCUUGCCAAAGAGAACACAGAUGAGGCGGUCAACGAUUUCGAUGAUCGACUAAAGAGGGCGCAGGGGAAGGCGAAGAUUGUGGAGAGGAUGGUUGGGGAGGUUAGUAAGGCGAAGAGUGGUGGUGGUGCUGGUGCGGCUGAUGGGAAGGCUUCGGGUUUGGAGGUAGGGAGUCCGGGGGAGAGCUCUGGCACCGGAGCAAGGACGCUGAUUGCUGGUGUGGAUUUGGGGAAGAUUGGGAAUGAGGUCUAA